AUGGCCCACCCCCAAGACUCUUCAUCGUCGUCGGUGCCAGUUCAGGGAAGACGGUCUGGGCAGAGUCAGACUCACCAAAGAGAAGCAUGGACCAUGCAAAACAGCGAUGAUAAUGGUUCUCCAAGUCGCGAGCCAAGCUCGGAUGCUUCAAGCUUUUGUCAGAACUCAAGAACUUCAGAAUCUUCAUUAGUCAACGCCCCCGACAGUCCUACCCAAGAUGAAAGUGAUGAUUCAGUUAUCUCACCUCUACAAAAAAGCUUCGGCAACGAUUCCUUGCAGGGCAUAGGAGGGGAUUUAUAUCCUCCGGGAGAGGAGCACCUUCUGGGACUCAGCCAUUCCAACGACUCAUCUGCGCAGGAUCAGUCGGCGGACUCGGGCGAAAAUAAUGCAGCUCAGGCCGACGGUACUGUAAAAAUCGGCGAGAACGAAUCGAAGAAGUGA